GUUUAUGCUUGAAGAUGAAGAGAUUAGACCAAUGUGGUUGUGUUUUUUGUUUUGGUUUUAAUUAGCUCGUUAGACACGUUGAGCUGUACCACCGGCAUCCUCACCCCAAUCAAUGGCUAGAUGCGACACCCACAGCCACCCGGCAUGUCCACGGUGCUUGACCUGUGCCCCGUCGUUCACUCACAGUAGCGUCAUGGAACAACACGUUCCCUAGCUUACAUCACAGUUUUUACCAGUCAAAACAAAAGAGGAGACGACAUGUCAUAAUUGCGUCAAAUCUUUACCCCGAUUCGUUCACACUCCAAUCCUGUGUCGCAAGGAUGCCGUAUCCAAGCCUCAACAAAUUGAGUAGCUUUUACGACCACAUUUCCCUGAACAACAUUUUAGUGAUAGACAGUCAUGGGCUGAUCAUUAUCAUGUACAUUGCUGCAAGCGCUGUGUCCUUCUACUUGGAGCCGAUCGUGGGUGUAUCAAUGUUCGUGGCUAGCAGCCUCAUCAUCUACUUGGCUCAACAUCUCGACAUAUCAAGAGUGCUCCCCUUCAUGAUGGCAAGCCUGGUUUACUUGGUCGUGUGCAAAUUCGAAGCCUUCUGCGUUAUAUUCGUCCACGCGUUGUUCUACGGCAUGAUCUUGUCGUUGCAGGUAAGAUUGCAAAAAAAAAAAAGCGUUUAUAAUAUGCUGUGGAAUAGGUGAUCGUAUUAGGAGUUGGAGCUUAGUAUCUGAGGAGGGAGUGAGUGGGUUGGGGCUAAAGGUCUGAGUGGGGACAGUGGAGUGGGGGCCCAGAAUCUUAAUGGUGACUGAAUGAGUGGGAGCUGUGGGUCUGAGGGGGGACUGAGUGGGUUGGAGCUGAAGAUCUGAGUAGAGACUGAAGGAGUGGGGACCCAGAGUCUUAAUGGGGGACAGUGAUUGGGCGUAGGGGACUGAGUGCCUGAGUGGACUCAUUGAGAAUGGGCUGAGUAAGUGGGAGCCGAGUGUCUGAGCUGGGACUGAAUGAGUGGGGGCUGUCUGUGUGACGGGUGAGAGCCUGAGUGGAGGCUGAAAAUCUGAUAAGGGACGCAGUGAGUGGGGGCCGAGAUUCUUAAUAGUGAGUGAAUGAUUGAGAGAUGAGAGUCUGAGUAGGGGCCGAAUGAAUUGGAGCUGAGAGUGAGUAGGUCCUGAGAGAGUUGGUGCUGAGAGUCUUAGUGGGGCUGAGAGUGUGUAGGUCCUGAGAGAGAUAGGUGCUGGGAGUCUUAGUGGGGCUGAGAGUGUGUAGGUCCUGAGAAUGUUGGGGGCUGGGAGUCUUAGUUGGGCUGAGAGUGUGUAGGUCCCAAGAGAGUUAGGUGCUGGGAGUCUUAGUUGGGCUGAGAGUUUUAGUUGGGCUGAGAGUGUGUAGGUCCUGAGAGAGUUUGGGUGCUGGGAGUCUUUCGGGGUGGGGGUGGUGCUGAGGGUGACUAAUGCCUGAGAGAGUUGGUUGUCUUAGUGAGGGCUGAGAGUAAGUAUGGGAUUUCUGUCUGAGUGGGGAUUUUCUGAGUGAGUGGGGGCAGAGAGUGUGAGUUGAGGCUGACAUUUAAAUUGGGAUGAGAAUCUGAGUGAGUUGUGAAUACGUUUGUUAUUAAGAGUAAUUGUUAUUUACUUGCUUACGUUUACUUUUCUAAGCCCAUUCCCUCCCCUUCAUAACAUAUUUUGUAAUUUGGUGCAGGUAAUAGAGUGUCCAGGGCCAUCAGUCGGGGCUCACGGUCAAGCUUUAGACGACUAUCUUUUGUUCACUAUACCAUUCAUCCUUGAGUAUUCCGCUGUUUAAGUCUCUGAUUUCCUGCAAGUUUAUUUACUCAAUCAUUUUUAAAUUAAUAUUUCCAGAUGAACCAUUGGCCACAAGAAACAAUAGAGCUCUGACCCCAUCAACUGCCCUCUCUUAUUACCAAAACGUUACACAUGGUGAGAUUUUUUACGAACCAAAAUCAAAUAAUGUCAUCAUGGCCUGAUUUAUGCCAAUAUAUCGGGA